AUGCUCCAUCAUCUCGUCCACCGGCUCCCAAGUCCAUUCCGAGGUGGUGCUGCCAUUGCACCUUCACGAGCUCCACCUUCUUUUGUUCCUCAGGUUAUUCGACUUCUGGUCGAGGAUCGCCAUAGUUCGCUCGAUCGCCAUUCGAUUGAAGCUAUUUUAGCAGACUCCGAUCGCCUUCAAUCCAAACUCCAAUCAAAAAUAUCAUCUCGCAUGUCUUCUCAGCUCUCCACUCCUCCAUUUCGCUGGGGGCCCUGGUUGUAUUACAGGAGAGUAGAGGAAGGGAAACAAUAUCCAUUACUCUGUAGGAGAUUAGCUAGCCUAAACGAAGAGUUCAUUUCACAUAAAAGUCCAACAGGUUAUGCAUAUGAAGAGGUAGCAGAAGUCUCACCUGGUCAUCGAUUCAUUGCAUACAUCAUGUAUGACAAAGACAACAAUUUCUUCAAAUUAUGUGUUAGAGAUUUGAAUUUAGGCUCUCUCUGUAGUAAGCCACAAGCUGAUUGGGUCUGUAAUGUGGCAUGGGCUAAAGGGGGUCAAGGCAUAUCUUCCCAAGCUGCUUGUUUCAAGAAAGCGAGAGAUGAUCUAUACAAGGUUAAAGCAUGGGUUUUCUCUCCACAAGUCAAAGUUAUUAAGUCUGACAUUCGUGAGGAAGAUGUGUUGAAGGAGAAAGAUGCUUUUGAGGAUCUUAAGAAGCUGGCAGCCAAGUCACUGACUGAGACAGUUAAUCAGUUGAUUGACACUGUUAAUCAGGUGAAGGAGGAUGAAAAUGCCGAACAGGCAACCCGACCAUCAAGAGUCACUGAUGCGGGACAAAAUCGGUCUGGUGCACCUCUUAAAGCUGCAGACAAUGUUAUUAUCUCACAGCAUCAGCAUGCAGCAGCCUCUCAAAUUCAGGCAAGAGAAACCGAUAUACAUGCACUCUCAUUGAGUAAAAACGAGACAGGUGUCCCCAUGAAUGUAUCCGAAAGCUUCAAAAAGGAAUAUGCAAUGGUACUAUUACAGCUCAAAGAAGCUAGUGAUCAGGUUGCUUCUGCUCUUGCAAAUUUGAGGCGACGCAACACAUACCCAGAGAAAAGAGGGAUUUUGAGGACGAAUAAUCGACUUCCUCUGCAUUGUCCUUCCUAUUACUUUGGUUUGUACAGUAAAAAGAAAAAAACUGUGAAGAAAGAUACUUCUUCUGAUGACAGUUCUGAUAUGCGAGUAAAAAAACGUCGUGGAUCAACUGUCAGGGAGAAAUUGAGGAGGGAUUGUCACCUACAUUCUGAAGGAGAAGGAGAAGCAAAAAGAGCUUCAAUUACUUACUGCAUAACCUACAUUCUAAAUUGCAUCACCAAGCAUUCACCUCAGUACAUAAUUCUAAUGGUGGGGCGUAUAUUGAGAGGGAUUGCCACCUCUCUCCUCUUUUCAGCCUUCGAAUCAUGGCUUGUUGCUGAACACAACAAGAGAGGUUUUGAGCAACAAUGGCUAUCAACUACAUUCUCCAAGGCAAUAUUUCUUGGGAAUGGACUGGUUGCCAUUUUAGCUGGUUUAUUUGGAAAUCUUUUAGUUGGUUCAUUGGCCAUGGGACCUGUUGCUCCAUUUGAUGCAGCUUCAAUCUUUCUUGCCAUUGGAAUGGCCAUCAUCAUAUCAUCAUGGACUGAAAAUUAUGGUGACUCAUCAGAAAGCAAAGAUCUAAUGACCCAAUUCAGGGGUGCUGCUGUUGCAAUUGCAUCAGAUGAAAAGAUACCAUUAUUGGGUGCAAUACAAUCUUUAUUCGAGGGUUCAAUGUACACUUUUGUGUUUCUAUGGACACCUGCUUUAAGCCCAAAUGGAAUUUUGACAUUAACAUACAUGCGCACAUUUCUUUUAGUGUAGAUUUUGUCGAAGAGAAAUGAAAACAAAGAAGAUAAGUAUCUCUUGUUGUUUGUAUAUAUACACUUUUUCUUCAUGUUAAUAACUUAAAAACUAUAUAAAUGUGAAAAUUGAAGGUUCACACACUGUUAAAAGGAUUGAAAAAGAUAAUUGCAAGUUCAGAUAUUCCAAUGUUCGUCUGUGGUGACUUCAAUUCAGUUCCAGGAAGGUAAGGACUUGAUGAAUAUAAGUUAGCAAUGUUUUACUUGAUUUGGAC